UUAAUUUCUUAAAUUUUGGGUCUUCUUCUCCAAAUUUUAAUAAAAAUGAAGAUUUCGAAAAACGAAUGCAUCCAGAAUUUAAAUUCAAGUCAUUUGAAAAAUCUCACGAAGCUGAAUUUCAUUCGUCUUAUUGGAAAAAAAUCGGAGAAAAUGUCGUCAACGAAAAUAUUUUAAAGUUUCAAAAUAAAAAUCCAGCGAAAAAUGUAAUUUUUUUCAUCGGCGAUGGUCUUGGAGUUCAAACAACAUCCGCUACUCGUUCAUAUCUCGGCGAUCCAAGCAUGUCUCUGGCUUACGAAACGCUUCCCUACGUUGGAAUGGCGAAAACUUAUUGCAUCGACAGACAAGUUGCUGACUCCGCUUGCACUGCAACCGCUUAUUUGUGCGGAAUUAAGGCGAAUUAUCGAACAAUUGGCGUCAAUGGAAAAGUUUCUGAAGGCGAUUGUACGUUUUCAGAAGAAAAUUCAACGCCAUCUAUCGCGAAAUGGGCUUUGGAUGCGGGAAAAGCAGCUGGUUUGGUGACAACAACGCGAGUAACUCACGCUUCGCCUUCGGGAGUUUUUGGUCACACGUCGAAUAGAGAAUGGGAAAAUGACGCAGAAAUUUUUGAGAGUGGAUGCGAUCCAAAAAUCACGGAAGAUUUGGCAGAACAAAUUGUAAGAAACGACGUCGGAUCGAAAUUAAAAGUCAUUUUGGGAGGCGGCAGAGAGAAUUUUAGACCACAAAUCUCGAUUGACGAAGAAGGAAAGCCUGGAAAGCGUCUCGAUGGCGUCGAUUUGAUCGAAGAAUGGAAAAAAUCCAAAAAUUCUGAAGGAAAAUUCGUUUGGAAUCGCAAAGAGCUUUUGGAAAUUGAUCCUAAAAAUGUUUCUUACCUCUUGGGAUUGUUCGAAGCAAGUCACAUGUUGUACAAUCUCGAAGUUCAGGAGCAAGGUCGACAACAUUUGGAGCCAACUUUAACAGAAAUGGUCGAAAAAGCCAUCGACGUGUUGAUUUCCGAGCCAAAUGGAUACUUUUUGUUCGUCGAAGGAGGCAGAAUUGAUCAAGCGCAUCACGAAAACUGGGUAAAACGCUCCUUGGAUGAAACUCUUGAAUUUUCAAAAGCAAUCCAAAAAGCAAUUGACAAAGUUGAUAUGGAAGAAACUUUAAUCGUCGUCUCGGCGGAUCAUUCUCAUGCCUUUAGUUACUCCGGAUAUCCCGAAAGAGAUGCAGAUAUUUUUGGAACAACUUCUAAAAAAGCUGAAGAUGGGUUGGAGUCACUUUUUUUGAGUUAUGCCAACGGAAAAGGAUAUAAAACGCAUGUCAAAGGAGAAGGAGGUCGAGUUGAUCCAGAAUUUCUUCCGAGACCAAGUGAUUUUCGAUAUCCGGGAACUGUUCCUAAAGACUCUGAAACGCAUGGCGGAGAAGAUGUCGGAGUUUAUGCAGGAGGACCUUGGGCUGAAUUAUUCACGGGAGUCAUUGAACAACAUUCGCUUCCGCAUUUAAUGGCUUAUGCUGCUUGUAUUGGCGAUGGAAUGAAAGCUUGUGAUAAAAAUUAAAAUUUAUAAAAGUUUUUUUUUAUUAUAAUUUUUUAAAUAAUUUUAUAAAAAAUUAAUUUUUACAAAAUUAAAAAAAAUAAUUCAUUUAAAAAAUUAACGAAAAAUAAAUAAAAACAAUUUGAUUUACUUUCUUUAAAAAAAAACAAAUAUUUAAAAAAAAAUCUAAAAAUUAUAUUUAAA